UUGCCCGUCAGGCAGCAGUAGUAGAUCGGCGCUAUGUUUCCUUCCACUUCCGCGCCACUCGUGUGGUCUGGUAAUCAUGGCGACCGUGGUGGUGGUGGUGGAGACGGCGAAACAAUUCGAGGAGAUUCUGGAAAAGGCAAAGAGAUCGCUGGUUGUGGUACACUUCUGGGCACCAUGGGCUGAGCAGUGUACGCAAAUGAAUGACGUUUUGACUGAAUUGGCCAAAGAAUAUGCACAUGUUAUCUUUGUAAAGCUUGAAGCUGAAUCUGUUCCAGAGAUAUCUGAAAAAUUUGAGAUUAGCUCUGUGCCAACGUUCCUGUUUUUUAAGAACUGUCAGAAAAUUGAUCGACUCGAUGGUGCUCACGCUCCUGCUUUAACUAAAAAAGUUCAACAGCACAGCGAGACUGCCAAACAAGAUCUGAGUGAUCAAUUGCGAAAACUUUUAAUUUCAGCGCCUUGUAUGCUAUUUAUGAAGGGUACAUCCCAAGAACCUCGUUGUGGCUUCAGCAAGAAAAUUGUGGAAAUCCUCAAUGAACAUAAUGUUCGCUUUAGCACCUUUGAUAUUCUUUCUGAUGAUGAUGUGCGUCAGGGGCUGAAGGUUUACUCAAACUGGCCCACGUAUCCCCAACUCUAUGUGAAUGGAGAACUGGUGGGAGGACUUGACAUAGUAAAGGAGCAAGCUGAAUCUGGAGAACUAGACAAAAUUUGCCCAAAGGAAAUGGGACUGGAACAGAGGUUGAAAACGCUGAUAAAUAAAGCAAAAGUGGUUCUGUUUAUGAAGGGCAACAAAGCGAUGGCAAAGUGUGGGUUCAGUUGUACCAUCAUCGAAAUGCUAAAUGAAACUGGUGUUGACUAUGAAACCUUUAACAUUCUGGAAGAUGAAGAAGUGAGGCAAGGAUUAAAGACUUUUUCCAACUGGCCAACAUAUCCACAACUUUAUGUGAAUGGUAACCUUAUUGGUGGGGUCGAUAUUGUAAAGGAAUUGAAAAAUAAUGGAGAACUUCUCUCAAUAUUAAAGGAAGAAAACGCUAGUUAGAAUUUGAUGAACAGGAACAACUGCUUGUACAUGUAUUUGUCCACUUUAAAAAUUAUUAUUCAAUGACAAUAAUAUAGUCUAAAGCUAGGUAACACAAUGGUGGAUGUAAAUCAUCUUUGGUGUUUUAAUGCUUCCAUAAUAUUUCAUGAGUAACAUUGUAGCAUGAAAGGUGCAACAGUUGCAAAUGGGCUCGAACAAUGAUUAAAUGUUAUACUUUUAUUGCAAUAAAACAUAAUUGCCAGAC